AUGGGGCGAAACAAGGCCAUAGGAUACGAAGCAGCUAUGUGGUUCGUGGGUUCGUCCGGGGAGCUGGGGCGAAGUAUACCGCGCCAAGUGCGCCAAGAUCACCAACGCAUUGUCUUUAUGUCGAGCCAACAUGAGCACCAAGGUACAGUACGCUGUACGACACGCGUGGGGAGUCGAGGAAUAAGAGACAGUACAGCGCCCGGACAAUGCCCCCGUCUCUGGGUUCUUGCACGCGCGACCGUGCUCGCAUACGACUGGAGAUGA